GCUGUAGUGCUGGUGCUGAAUUGAUAAUUCAAAUGUCUUCAGAUUUUUCUUUGGGAAUUGUCAAGUAGCAGGAAGGCUAGCUGGUAAAAUGACUUGCUAAAACAUAUUUGAAACAUGCAUUGUCUGAAAUGUCCAGUAACUCCCCCAUAUGUAGAAUGAGAGAGUUUAUUUGGAUAUAGAUAAAUUAGGCGUUUCUGUCCUAGCAAGCACUUAGCUGUUUGAAAAAGGAAAUUUAGGCAUGGCUAAAGCAUAUGGAGGCCAGUACAUCAUCUUAGCUAUUGGCUCUUUGGAGCUAAAAAUGUGAGGCUAUACUUUUCUGUUGCAAAGAUUUCAGAUCAUGGUAAUCUAAUGGGGAGUAGCUCUGUCCAAUUAACAGGUUUUGGUGAUCCCUCAGUGAUUGCUGGCCUGAGUGGCACACAGGAUUAGGAGCUCACCUCUCAGAACAGAUAAGCAGGUGCUGGAAGGCCGUUUUAAGGUAUUUUCCUGUACUGAAUGAAACUUAUUGGUUCUGUAUGUGAAUGAUUCAUGGUGGACAACAUUCUUUUGAUAAUGAGUGGUCAAAUGGGAGAAUGGACAAAAAGAACUUUGAAUCAAGAGACGGUGAAUGAAAAAUAGUGAUAGAAAAACGUAGUGUUACAGGAUGUCCCUUUGCAUAAUGAGAUCGCAUUGAAUUUUUGCUGCAAGUGUGGGAUAUACUGUAAAAUGCUGAAGGCGCUGCUUCAUCCUGGGAGGCGAAAUAUCCUUGGGGUAGAUAGAGGCAUUAAAAAAAAAGUAAGUAACAUAGUUACAUUUGAUGGUUUGGGUCAUUCAUCUGAAGCAACAGUGGUGAAGGCUGUUAUUUUCCUGUGGUUUGACUGUUACGGAGUAGCUGUGAAUUAAAAAAAAUAAGUCUUUUGCUGAUCCAGCAUCACAAAGCAGGAGAUCUCUUGGUUUCUGAGAGUUCUGCUGGGCUGAAGCUGUUUUCCCCACGCCUGUGUUUGGAUAAUUCUUUGCUAUCACAACCUAGUUUAUUUAAAUAGAGAUUGAUGCUGAAAUUGAAAUGCUGAUAUUAAUAAUACAGAGCUGUAGCUGUGGUUUGUGUGGUUUUGCUUAUUUUGGUUUUAAAAGUUUACAUAAUAAAAGCUAGCUAAACUCCCAUCCGCCACUGACUUCAGGCAUUUUUAAAUUUGAGCUACAUCAUCCUUAAGGCCGAGUAGGAGAUUUUUCUAUUGAUUAACGAUCUCACGCAACUUGUAGCACGAUUUCCAGACUCAGUGCAAAGGAUGAAGCAAUAAAACACCCUUGAGGGAGAGGUGGGAAAAGCGGCAUCUCCUGUUUUGUCAGAUAAUUUAGGGAUUUGAAAGGAGCUUGAGUUGAAACUGCAGCCAAAGAUGUGGAGAGCUGAAGUCGUUAACCUCGAUGUGGAAGGCUGGCAUGUGAAUUGAUGUACCAUAAGCUCUUAUAUGUCAUAAAGUUUUGAUAUGAGCAGCUUCUUCCGUCUGUCACACACAGAGCAAGUGGGGAAAGCUGCCAUAGAUUCAGGGUUAGGAGUAAGGGGUAAAUAUUUCUAGCUACAGGUAUGGAUCACUGAAACAACUCACCUUUCUAUUUAUGGAUCACUGAAACAACUUACCUUUCCAUUGGGUAGACUUCCCUUGGCAAGAAAACUUAUGACAAGAGAUAUGAAAAAUGCUGUAAUUGGAAACAACAAACAAAAAGCCAACUUGAUUGUUUUGGGAGCAGUUCCAAGGUUGCUGUAUUUACUUCAGCAAGAAACCUCCAGCACAGAACUGCGAACAGAAUGCGCUGUGGUCCUCGGAAGCCUUGCAAUGGGUACAGAGAAUAAUGUCAAAUCCCUACUAGACUGCCAUAUUAUCCCAGCCUUAUUGCAAGGAUUGCUGUCACCAGAUUUAAAGUUUAUUGAAGCUUGCCUGCGAUGUCUCCGUACCAUUUUUAUCAGUCCUGUAACUCCAGAGGAUCUACUAUACACAGAUGCUACAGUUAUCUCCCACCUCAUGGCACUGCUCAGUAGGUCUCGAUAUACACAAGAAUACAUAUGUCAGAUCUUCUCACAUUGCUGCAAACUUCAACGCUGGCAUAGCUGCGGCUUUAAAUCAUUGCCUCAGCCACUUCUGUGUGCCAAUGGUCCAGAUCACCAGACAAUCUUAUUUAACCAUGGAGCUGUUCAGAAUAUCGCACAUCUCUUAGUCUCCACCUCCUACAAAGUUCGAAUGCAAGCAUUGAAAUGCUUCUCAGUUCUAGCCUUUGAAAACCCACAGGUAUCCAUGACUCUUGUAAAUGUGUCCGUCGAUGGAGAAUUGUUACCGCAAAUUUUUGUGAAGAUGUUACAAAGGGACAAGCCCAUUGAAAUGCAGCUCACGUCAGCCAAAUGCCUUACUUCCAUGUGCAGAGCUGGAGCAAUACGGACAGACGAUUCUUGCAUUGUUCUUAAGACUCUGCCAUGUUUGGUUCGAAUGUGUAGUAAGGAAAGACUGCUGGAGGAGCGAGUGGAAGGAGCAGAAACACUGGCCUAUUUGAUUGAAACAGAUGUGGAGCUCCAGAGAAUCGCCAGCAUCACCGACCACCUCAUUGUCAUGCUUGCCGACUACUUCAAGUAUCCCAGCUCCGUCAGUGCAAUCACUGAUAUCAAGAGGCUUGACCAUGAUCUGAAGCACGCCCAUGAACUGCGCCAGGCUGCUUUCAAGCUCUACGCUUCCCUGGGAGCAAACGAUGAAGAUAUCCGAAAAAAGAUCAUUGAGACCGAAAAUAUGAUGGACCGUAUUGUUAAUGGCUUGUCUGAAUCCAGUAUCAAGGUGCGAUUAGCUGCAGUCAGAUGUUUGCACAGUUUGUCCCGUUCUGUACAGCAGCUCAGGACAAGUUUUCAGGAUCAUGCUGUAUGGAAACCUUUAAUGAAGGUGUUACAGAAUGCUCCAAAUGAAAUUCUCAUAGUAGCAUCUUCCACGCUAUGCAAUCUUCUUCUGGAGUUCUCUCCAAGCAAGGAGCCUAUUUUAGAAUCAGGAGCCAUAGAACUUCUAUGUAGUUUAACACAGAGUGAAAAUCUUGCCUUGCGAGUGAACGGCAUUUGGGCUUUAAUGAAUAUGGCAUUUCAAGCGGAACAGAAGAUCAAGUCGGACAUCUUACGAGGUCUGAGUACAGAGCAGUUAUUCCAGUUGCUUUCUGAUUCCGAUGUCAAUGUUCUGAUGAAAACUUUGGGACUGCUCAGGAAUCUUCUAUCUACUCGCCCACACAUAGAUCAUAUAAUGAGCACUCAUGGGAAGCAAAUCAUGCAAGCGGUGACCCUCAUUCUGGAAGGGGAACACAAUAUAGAAGUCAAAGAGCAGACACUAUGUAUACUUGCCAAUAUAGCAGAUGGAACAACAGCGAAAGAACUGAUUAUGACCAAUGAUGACAUCCUGCAGAAAAUCAAAUACUACAUGAGUCAUUCAAAUGCUAAACUCCAGCUUGCUGCCAUGUUCUGUAUAUCUAAUCUCAUAUGGAAUGAAGAAGAAGGUUCACAAGAACGCCAAGAUAAACUACGAGACAUGGGAAUAGUAGAUAUUCUACAUAAAUUGAGUCAGUCAUCAGAUCCCAAUCUGUGUGACAAGGCGAAGACAGCACUCCAGCAGUAUCUUGCAUGAUCAAAGACUAAUUGAAUCUAUGGACACCCCUUAAGGAACAGCAGGAGAUAUUCCUGACUCCUUGUAUUUGCACAAGUCACCUUGGGCUGCAUUUUUCUCAGGUGCAGGGAGCUGCUUUGCAGAAACAGUUGAAAUGAUCAGGUCUCCAGUGCACUUGAGAAUUUUCUUGAGGUAGUUUCUUUACUCAGAGGACUCUUGGGGGGUUGUUUUGGUUUUUUGGGUUUUGUUUUUCCUGAGCUACCUGGACUUUCAGAUGGAACAAUCAGUCAUCAUUUUCCUUUUGGGCCUACAAUUUUCUGCUCUUGCUGCAGCCUGCGUGUGUGAGUGGGUGCGCUCGGGUGCGUGUGCUUGGGUGAAUGUGUGUGGGUGCGAUACCUCAGUUUUGGUUUUCUUUUUUUUUGGUGUGUGUGUGUGUGAAAAUCUUUUUCUACAGGUUUUCAAGGGUUAACCAUUGUUUGCUGUACGAAUACUUCAAUGAAUUAUAUACAGUUUGAAUGAAAUGUUAUUUAAAAAAAAAAAAAAAACAAACAACAACCAAACUGUUGUAUCCCAUAAAGUUUAUUUUGAAUUUUGAACAGAUGAAUGUUUUUAAGUAAAAUAUAUGCAUUUCUGAACUUGAGCUUAACUUACAUUAUACUUCCUUUUUAAAGAGAAAAAUAGAGGGAGACGGUAGACCCCACAUUAUAAGCAGCACAUUCUGUACUGACAAGGUCCAAGGAUUCUUUACCACCACACAAGGUCACCUGGUACUGAUGACGCGCUCAGAUCCAUGGAAUGGGUCAACUGGAUUGGUUUGGGUUUCUUCACGUUUUAGAAGAAAAGCUCAUACUGCAGAGUUUUGGACUGUUGGCCAAUCUGGAAAGGAACAGGUGGCUGCAACAUCAGCAGGCAUAAGCUAUGGCGUUAGGAGCCAAGGACUUGCUCAGAUAACUGAUAAGUAUUUGCUGAUCACUAAUAUCACGAAAGCGAACAGUAUGUUGCAGAAGUUGUACUUCAAGAGACCAGAAGGAGCUGGCAAGCAGUGAUUAAGGGAUUGCUUUUGUUUUGCAUCCUUUACCUCCAGAUAUAGUUAAGAGACUUCCAAAUUAUGUCCAUGAAUGAUCAACUAGGUGCAUUAAGCUGGGGAAGAAUUGGGUUUGGGGUUUGUUGGUUUGGUUUCUGGGAUUUUUUUGUUUUUUAGCUCAGUAAUGUUGCUACAGAUUUUGUGUAUAUAUGCAGAUAUACACACUUGCAUGGAUUUGGAUACCUGGAUAGGAAACGAUGGGAUUUUGCUAUGUUCAGAAGCCUAGAUUGUCCAUAAGUUCCUGAAAUUGUGCCUGUAAGUGUGGAAGAGAAAAUACAAGUACAAAUGAAGACGCCUGUGUAAGGUUAGGCUGGAAUGUGAGGCCCCAAUGGCUUCACAGUCAAAUACUCACAGAAAGAAGUGAGGGCAGCAAGGAGUUCCCCUUAGUGCAGUUCAGGGUUCUUGCUUUCUUCCUGUAUCUACUUUCUGAUGUCAGUUUAGACCAUAGUUUUAAUAGUCAGAAUCUCCAAACACUCUAUUUCCAUAGCACUAACAGGCACACUGAAGAUUGCAGUCGAUGUCUUAAACCAAAUCUUGCUUUCGUUACGUGGAACUUGAGGAAGGCUGCAGCAACAAGAGAGGUCUGUAACUUUGCUAACCAAUUUUGAUAAGUAUCUUAAUCUUCUGUUUCUAAUCAGAAGGUCAAAUUGCGAUAGCCUUACUUUUUUCCAAGGUAACUACUUGUGUCAGAAAAUGUGACCACAGUUUGGCCUGGAAUUUGAAUGUGCUGUGUAUCAGAUAACUGUUAUCACUUGGUUGCAAAGGAGAAUAUAUACAUUUCAUGUAACUUCUUCCACUCUUGAAAGACAAAUAAAAGUGAGCACCUGACACUUUUUCCCCAGGCAUUGCAGUAAGUGACUGGCAGUUUUUUUAAUGUCCUUCUGCAAAUUUUUGAUGGUGGACUUUGGGGGCUGAACAAAAGGGAAAGUAAAAAUGUGUGAGACCCUGAUAAAUAUCAAUAUCUCAGAAAUGAAGUCUUAUUUAUAAAAGUCAACCAAAUGUAUUUUUGCUUGAACUGAGAAGAAAGUUCCAAGGCAGGAAUCACAAAUGCAAAACUAGAGUGUGCGUCUGACUUAUAUAUUUGCACUCCUGCUGUGUAUGUUUAGGAGCUCCAGUUCUUACAUAUCUCUUCUUGUCUUCCCCAAUUCACUUUUCUAAAAGCAAAGCUGAGUUUGAGUCUAUAAAACUUCAGUGCCUAAAGGUGUUCAGAAAAAAGGUGAGUAAGUAUCUGUACAUGUUUUGAGGUGGUUUCCUAAAAUUCUACCAGAAAAUAAAAAACAAUGCUCAGACAAUCUUAUUGCCGCAUGAGAACGGUUGACGUUUUCCACAGAUAUUGAUAGGACAAACUGUUGGAUGAGAACAUUUUUACAUUCAGUUAAGCUUUGUGAAUAACUUUUGAUGUUGCUAUAGGUAUGUACAAAAAGAAGAAUAUUGUAAAUAAAAAGAACUUUUACCAGAA